AAUAGCAAUUUAGCAUUUCACAGAAGGUACAUUGCUUCUGUUGUUAAGCUGUACGAUUUCUUGCCUUCCAAUUCUAAUUAUUUCUAUUAAUAACGGGGAUGCCUGAAUUCGAAUUCGAACAUGCGGUUGUUGGAGGCGGAAUUGUGGGCUCCUGGACAGCCCUGCACCUGGUCAGAGCUGGGAAAAAAGUUAUACUUCUAGAGCAAUUCAGUCAUCCCCACACCCGGGGCAGUUCGCACGGUGAGACCAGGCUUAUCCGAUCAGGGUAUGAGGAGCCUUUCUUCUGCGAGAUGAUGCCACAUGCUAUCCGAAUGUGGAGCGAACUGGAAAUAGAAGUGGGGAAGACACUCAUGGUUAACACUGGUGUGAUUGGCAUAGCGAAAUCACCUGGCGACAUGAAACAUUACCAGGACACAAUCGACAACAUGAAGAAGUAUUGCCCCGAAAGUUUGGACAUGACGGAUCCGCGGAUCGAAACUUUGUUCUCGAGACUCCUGAAGUUCGACAAAGUCCAUGGAGUUCUUAUGGACAGCAGUGGAGGAAUAUUGCUCGCCCAGAAAGCUGUUCUUGCAAUACAGGCUCUCUUCCGAGAGCGAGGGGGUACCCAAUGGGACAACAGCCCGGUGCAGAGGAUAGAACACAUUGGUGAAGAGGAAGUGAAAUUGUAUGUAGAUUCUCAGAGAGUGGUCAAGGCAAAAUCAGUGGUCGUCUGUGCAGGAGCGUGGACUCCGAGAUUGCUAUCGCCUUUCGCGACACUGCCUUUACAACCUUCCGCAGUGAAAGUUUAUUACUGGAAAACUAAAGAAAAGGGAGCCUACACCGAGAAAUCUGGCUUUCCUUGCGUCCUGGAUUUAGGUGAGCCCUGCAUCUACGCCCUACCUUCCUACGAGUACCCGGAUCUAGUCAAGAUCUGCAUCCACGUGGGGAAUGCUAACUGCGAUCCGGACGCGAGGGACAAGGCUCAUUUCGACCCCAAAUUCGAGAAGAAGCUCAAGGAGUACGUGAGAGAACACUUCCCUCUUUUGGAAUCGGAGCCGUCCAUUGUCGAGACCUGCAUGUACACGUUGACCCCUGACGAAAUUUUCCUCAUCGAUACCUUACCGCAGCAUAAAAAUAUCGUAAUCGGGAGUGGAUUUUCUGGAACUGGAUUCAAGACAUCUCCUGCUGUCGGCAAACUCCUGAGUCAGAUGGCCAUGGGUACCAAGACGUUUCUUGACAUUACUCCAUAUCAACUCUCCAGAUUUCAACGACGCAAGUAGCUUUAUAUGAAGGCAGCGGUCACUGUAGAUGGUCAAGAAAUUAUUUUCAAUAAAAUUAGCACAAUAAAAAAAAUUUUUUUUCACAGAAAUAAAUAAAGUUUGGAGGGAAAAAAUGAAGUAAAUCAAUGCGUUGAUUUUUAUUUUAAAGUGACACAUCGUCGUCCAAAUUGUCAAUUUUUUAAAUUUACGAUUUCCGCUUUAAUGCAUUUUUGAUCCGUCUAUGUGUUACAAGGUCACAAUGACUACCACAUAAUGCCACACUUAUGCCAACGUCACUAGACUGAUUCCACAUUGUACUCAUUGUACUUGCUAUGCUAAAAAACUUGUACUUGCUUUUCAAUAUUGUACUACUAUGCUAAAUCAAGUGAGAUUAGAUCAGUUAGGAUCGUUCAGAUAUACAAAUCUAAAACUAACAAAAAUACUUGAAUUUAAAUUUUUAAUUUGCCCUCAAAAAUAAUUUUUUUUUUCUGAAGAUUCCCAAUUUAGGCGUGGUACAGACGACAUAUCACCAAUAAUAUAAGUUAUAUAUCAAGAUUUGAUACCAAAAUGUAAACAAAGGACCACAAUUCCUUUAAUAUUUUGGGUCAAGUAGUAAGAAAGAGCCACACAAAAGGACAGCAACGUUUUUAUUUCACUUUUUCAAAGUAAAUGCGAUUAAUUUAAAUUUUUUGAAAAAAAUCUGUCAUUAUCAGUUGUAGCACCUCUUUUUCCCCUUGAGCAGAGACCGCCCCCUUGUGGCAUUUACAGACAAGCAGUUGAUAGGGAAACCUGCAUCCUGAGGUCGACUUUUUCCUAUGCGCAACCCUUGCGCUAACACCGAUUGCUUUCGGUUGGAAACGGUGGAAUCCCUCCACCAUACUGUUUUCUAUAACUUAAUUGUUUAUGUGUUUUUGUAAAUUUUGUAGUGUAACUGU